AUGGACCGGAAGGGGCGGGGGGAGGGGGUAGGGAGGGGUCGCAAGAUUCGGAGGGUCGCGGGGUACCGAACCCCUCCCGGAGCGGGGUUAGUAGGUUCGCGAUGUCGUGUCGUUGCUGGUCGGAAUGCAUUCGCGGACGUAAAGCGACCUGAGGUGUCGUCGCGUCUCAUACCUGAGGUCAAUUUAGAUGUCAACGAACCCCUCGUCUGGGGCUCGCGGCAGGUCGAUGACGUCGAGGUCACCGCGUUAGGCCCUUCUUUAUCUCCCUAUCGAGUAGAUCGAUUGGAACAUUACGAAAUUGCCGGGCGGUCCCGGACCGAAGCUGUGCGAGUGCUCUCGUCUCCCUUCCCGUCGCGACGGGCGACGACGAGCGGCCAUAGAGAUUUCCGAGUGACUGCCUACGUGAAGUACGAAGACGGAAGUGUGCCGCGGCCGGCGGGCGAUUGGGGAGGCCGCCGCGUUAACCCUGCCCGAAUUAGUGCAGCGGCCGGGACCGAAAUAGCGAGGCGGCGUGUACGGUUACACGCGGCGCGUCAAUGUCGGCGCCGGCACGCGCCGCCGCGCCUCGCGCCGGUAAGCUUACACUGCGUCUGCUUGCAGCACGCCGCGACCAGCCCUAUAUGUGGAGCCCCGGCGGCCUGGUGCGCCCUCCGCGCGCCCCACGCCGCCCGCCUCGCCGCCUAUUCCUGGACUCAUCGGCUCCACUAUACGCUCACGCCGAAUUGUAUCCCGCUUAAUAUAACAACGCGAUCCUAUUCGCGUCCAGGUCUUAUCUUA